AUGGGCAACUCCAUGCUCAAGGUUUUCGCACACCAUGACGAAGAGGCAGCCGCCGACCUCAGCGAGGGGGCACAGGCUGUCCUCACGCACCUGUGGGCUUUGCCCUUGCGGACUCAGGGUGCGGAGCAGGCUAACGUCUUUGCCUUUCCUUCGGAUCCCGAUCUUGAAGGGCCACGGGCGCCAUUCUUUGGUGGUCAGCGUCAAUUGCUUACACACGAUUGGCUCCCAGUAUGUGCAACGCAGCAUGAAGCCUGUUUCUUGUUGCGUCAUUUCGAGGUGUCGAUUUGGUGCAUCAACUGGGACACCAAAGCCAAGAAGCCCGGUAAGCUUGUAAAGUGGCAGAGCAAUGGAGUUGGGCAGACUGUGCAUGCGUUUGCCGGAAACGAGAAGGGCAUGGUUUACUAUUGUGGCAAGCUCUUCGCCGACAGCUUCAUCGGUAGGCAGCUGCUGCAGGCGGGGAUCAGUACGGCGGACUUGUACGCCCGCGUCCCCUUAUUGAUGUCACCGUCUAAAGACUUCGUCCCGUUCUGGCGAACGGUGGAUGAGCAGCCGGACGAGCUUGCCGCCGGCAUGCACAAGGUCGAAGAUGGCAGAAGCGAGGUCGGAGUGCUUCGAACAGCAGCCGAGUCCGUGGUCGCCAAGGGAUUGCUCACGAUCAAUGAUAACCUUCCAGGCUCCAUUUUCCGUUGCCCCAAGUCCUGCAUAAAGCUGCGCUUCCACCCAGACGAGGCGGUUCCUUGGCGAGCUCAGUACGGAAUUGACAUCGUGCAGACCACUGCCGCCCGUGACUCACCGCCGCGACUGAACGCGCAGGUGAUAGCGGCCCUCUUGAUGAGGCUCUGCUUGAUGGAUCUUGGCCUGGAGCGGGAUACCCAACAGCAAAAGCUGGAAGAGUGGCUGCAGUCUCUGCGUAGCCACACUGCGACACACCUCAAGGACGUCGCGUGGGGGCUAGACAAUCCGCGGAAGCGCCUUGCCCGCCGGGCGUGGAA